CUCCCCCGACUGCCAAACAUUUCCAUCUCAUUCAACAAAGUAUAGCAACUGCGAUGUUGAUCGUAAAAUAUCUGACUCGUUUAGGCUAAUAACCUAAAACGAAAGGCGUGUCAUUUACGCGCGAUUGGGCUGGGGGUAUUGGAAGGGAAGAAAUAAACACUGACCACCCAAAAAAACCAGCACCAACUCUGAGGGAAGAGGGCAAAGCUCGGAGAAGAGAGACGGGAAAGAAGAGAAGAUGAUGUCAGGUUACACCUCUAUCGACAACCAGAAGGUCUCCGGUUCCGUCCCUGCUGCUGCUCCUGUCGUCUCUGGCCCCGAUCGCAUUACUACUGUCAGAUUCACAGAGUCCAAUCUCCAGACUUUUCCACCUUCUUCCGAGACCCAUGGCAAGCUAUCCGCAGUUUUCCGCCCACCUUCUGAUGCCGAUGACACCUUCUCGAAGCCGGCUGCAGGGGGAUCGAGCGAGCCCCAGCCGACCGGGUGGAUGCAAUCAUUCACGGUGAGCGCUUAUAAACCCUACUUCGAUGUCGAUACCGCGGACGUGGUGGAAAGGAUCAGAGACUCCCUUUUCCCGUUCAGGGGGAACUUCACGGAGAAGACAGCAGACAACCCCGACUUGUAUGGACCUUUCUGGAUAUGCACGACUUUGAUCUUUGUAGCAGCUGCAAUUGGCACAUUUGUCACAUAUGUGGCACACAAAUUGCAGAAGAAAGAGUGGGAUUAUGACAUUAACCUGGUUACUUGGUCUGCUGGUUUAUUCUAUGGUUAUGUUACCUUUGUUCCUCUUGGUUUAUACAUUAUUCUCAAGUACUUCUCGGUACCAUCUGGCCUCAUUCAACUUUGGUGUCUAUAUGGUUACUCUCUGUUCAUAUUCAUUCCUGCCUCGUGUCUGUCUAUCGUACCUGUGGAGAUAUUCAGAUGGGUGAUUGUUGGUGUUGCUGGAUUCAUGUCUGCUGCUUUUGUUGCCUUGAAUCUUCGUUCACACAUAAAAUCUGCAGGUGAGAGGUGGUUUCUAAUCGUUGCUGUAAUAUUCCUGUUGCAGUUGGCUCUUGCUGUAGUCCUCAAGCUCUACUUUUUCACCAUAACAGUAGGAACAAAGUAAGCUCCCUUUUUACCCUUCUUUUGUGUAAGAAUAUAGCUGAUAAAGGUCAAUCUAGCUUCUCUAGUACAAACCACAUUCUUUCAAGCCAGCAAGUGUAUUAUUUAGUUCAUAAGUGCAUUCGUUUUGCAAUAUUCAGUGCCCUAAUUUAUUGGUAGCUGAACGUUUUAUUCUCA